AUGGUAACAUAUCUUUAUAAACCCACUCCGCAGCUGAUAGAAGUAUGCAACCGAUUCGAUCUAAAAGAAGAUACACUUGUCCGUAUAAGGGAUGUCUUCACCCAGGAGCUUCUUCGUGGUUUGGAGGAGAAUCCUGAUCAGCCAUCAUCUUUGGCGUGCAAAAUUACAUACGUACAAGACGUACCUUCUGGAGAAGAAUCGGGGACCUUCUUGGCGCUGGAUUUGGGAGGAGCUGAUUUCCGAGUAAUUAUGGUGCGACUGCAUAAGAAGCGCUUCGACAUGAAAUCGAAGGCUUAUCUUAUUCCGAAAUUAAUGAAAUCUGGACCCGGGAGCUCGGCUCACCCAUCGUGCUUGAUUCAAGGCACUGUUGGGGCGACAUCCUGCCCUCACCACUCUCCAGCGUUUGUUUUGUAUCCCCGAGAAGAAGCUGUAAUACUCGCUGAUUUAGUUAAGGAUUUGCUCAUAGAAGAUGAUGUUCUUAAAAAGAUGAUGGACGUAUAUCAAUCAGAAAUCAGACUUGGAUUGAGUGCAGAUACCGUUGAUCAAUCUUCGUUAAAAUGUUACGUUACUUAUGUGCAAGAUCUUCCUUCAGGGAACGAAAGAGGAAAAUUCCUGGCUCUUGAUCUGGGAGGAACCAACUUUCGAGUACUUCUUGUGUCAAUGACGAGACGACAUUUUGACAUGAGAGCAAGGGUAUAUAUUAUUCCGAAGGACAUAAUGACUUCUAGCGGCGCCCAGCUUGCAGAGAUGUGCAAGAUACUUGACUUGGAUAAUGAUACUCUUAAGAAGAUGAUGGAAGUUUAUGAAUCGGAAAUUGGGCUUGGUCUAAGUGCUGACACAGUUGAUCAAUCUUCACUGAAAUGUUACGUCACUUAUGUGCAAGACAUCCCAAAAGGCGAUGAAAAAGGCCAGUUCCUGGCUCUCGAUCUGGGAGGUACCAACUUUCGAGUGCUUGUUAUUAAACUAGCGAGAACAUACUUCGACAUGAGAGCAAAAGUGUUUGCUGUUCCCCAGUCAAUAAUGACGGGACCUGGCAGUGAGUUAUUUGAUCACAUCGCCGAAUGUCUGUUUGCAUUCACCAGUGAACACAAAAUAAACAAAGACAAUCUACCCCUCGGAUUCACGUUCAGCUUCCCCUGCGAGCAGAAAGGCCUUAGCGUCGGCAUUUUGAAACAAUGGACGAAGGGCUUCAGCUGCAGUGGGGUGGAAGGGGAGAACGUCGUGGCGUUACUUGAAGAGGCGAUUUCAAGAAAGAAGGAUCUCCUCAUAGAUGUUGUGGCCUUUUUAAAUGACACGACAGGAACACUUAUGUCGUGUGCUUGGAAGAAAAACAACACUAGAAUAGGCCUUAUUAUUGGAACGGGUACCAACUCCUGCUAUGUGGAAAAGGUCGAGAACGUGUCCAAAUUUGACGGGGACAAAUCGAAACCCUACGUCAUCAUCAACACGGAGAGCGGGGCGUUCGGCGGUCAAGGGCAGAUCGAUUGCGAGAAGAUGAUUUCCGGCAUGUACUUGGGGGAGUUUGUCCGUCGAGUUCUCGUCACUGCAGUUGAGCGACAGUUCAUUUUCGGAGGAGUUGCAACGGAGCAGCUCAAGACGAAAGACAGUUUCGAGUCAAAGUUGGUGUCGGAGAUUGAAACAGACCUGCCCGGGCAGCACGUGGCGGCCAGGAAUAUCCUGAACGCCAUGGGCUACGGCUCGCCCUCAGAGCAGGACUGCGUGGACCUGCACUACGUGUGCUACGUGGCGUGGCAGCGGGCGGGCCGCAUGGUGUCGGCGACCAUGGCGGCCCUGCUCAACCACAUGAACUUCCCCGACGUGACCAUCGGCGUGGACGGCUCCCUGUAUCGCUUCCACCCGGGCUUCUCGGACCUCAUGAACAACAAGAUUCGAGAGCUGACCAACCCCUCCAUUCAG